AUGACCAAGGUCAGCAUUUUGCUUCUAUACCGGCGACUAUUCUACGUCGGUGAGACCAGAAAAGUCGAGGAUGGCAAGCCUUUCGUCAUUGCGUUCUGGUUCGCCACAUUUUUCACAUGUGUAUAUCCGUUCAUCAUGUGGAUUGUUAUGGCGUGUGCCUGCCGUCCCAUGAGCUUCUACUGGAGGCAGUACACGGGUGCUACGGAUGGUAAAUGCAUCCAGGUCUUGACCUUUUACCUGGCAUUUGGAGUCGUGAACAUGAUCAACGAUAUAUUCGUCUUGGUCGUUCCUAUUCCUCGUAUUACGCGUCUGCAAAUGAACAAGCGUAAGAAGGCGUCGGUCGCCGGCAUCAUGUUGCUGGGUAGCUUUGUCUGCGUCGCCAGUAUUGUCCGCAUCUAUUACCUUGUGCAGUUGGAUAGCGGUGCCGUCGACGUUUCUUGGAUUCUGGGCCCGGCCUUUGGCUGGUCGAGUCUCGAGCCCUCCGUGGCAAUCAUCUCCGCUUGCCUACCGACCUACGCGCCGCUGUUCCGCAGUCUAAAGAACCGCACGGGCAAGUCGUCCAACAGCCACGGCUACAACAGCCGCACCGGUCCGGCCCACAGUCAGACGCCCAACUUCAUGCAGGGUCAGUCACACUUCCGCAUAGAGGAUGACGAGGUCGAGCUCACGGACAAGAACCAUUUUCGGUCCACACAGAGAAGCCACUCGAGCUCCGUGAGCAGACCUAGUACCGACGACCACGGCAUUACAGUCAAGACACAAAUCCAGGUCUCGUCAACUGGCAAAUAA